AUGGACUCCAAACGAAAGGCCGACGGCAGCGGAGCUGCCGACUCUGACGACCGGUCUUCCAAGCGUCGCAGAACCUCUUUCUACGACCUCUCUAGAGGAGAAUCGAAGGAUUCUACAACUGCAUAUGGUUUAGCAUUUGUUGAACAGCUACGACGAACAGCAGACAAAAGUGGUCGACUAAUUGCGACGUCGUUCGAAACCCUCAUCCCCAGAGAAGGCAACUCUGCCUACUACAAGAAAACCCGACUCCCCGUGUCUCUUGAAAUCAUCGAAGAAAAACUCAACAACGGCGACUUCAAAAAUCUUGCCGAACUAGAGAGCUUCUUCAAGCGAAUGAUUUCAAACGCCAAGGAAUUCUACCCGCGAUCCUCAUCCAUCUUCGACGAUGCAGAGCGAAUUCGCAAGACGUUGAGCAACUAUAUGACCAAGAACAACCCUGCUUACAACAGACGCGGAUACCAAGCAGCCCCGACACCGUUGCCUCCCCGUAAUCCCGACGAGGAAAACGACGAUGAGGAUGACGAGGACGACGAAGACGACCAGGAGGAGGCUGAGGACGAAGAUGAUGAUGAAGAAGAGGAAGAAGAAGAGGAACCCACAUCUCGUCGACGAUCAAUUGUAGUAAAACGCGGCCGUGGCCGUCCCCGCAAGUCGGACGUCAUGAAUAGCCCCAAGCCAGCCGCGCCCGCCCAAUCGGAGAACGACCAGGAAUAUCUCAAUGUUCCUUACAAGAGCCUGAACUUCCAACGUGCUCAGGAGAAGGUCGUUGAAGAGGUGCUGCGCCACCAAGAGCCCGAAUACGAAGGCCCGUACUUUGAACCAUUCAUCAACUUGCCCCCUCGAGCUCUGAAGGACUACUACCGUAUUGUUGCGGACCCUCUUUCCCUUCGAAAGCUGCAAAAGAUUGUCAAGGGAACCCAAAGUCGACAUGAUACGCCCGGAGUGUCUGAAUUCAAAAACUGGGCUGCCUUUGAAGAACGAUCUCAACUCCUUUGGGACAAUGCUUACUUUUAUAAUGAGGAGGGCAGUGAGAUUUACGAGCUUGCUAGAGAGCUCGAGAAAAUCUUCCGCGCACAGUUGAAGAAAGCACAAGCUGCUGUGCCGGAUCCCGCGCCGUCAAGAAUUCGACUUCGAACCGGUGACAGCUCAAGAAGAGCAACACUCAGUGCAGCUCCUGGCACUGAGUCUCCUGGAGAAACACCGGCGCCAACAAACGGACAUGCAGAGGGGGAAUCACCAGCCGACUCUGCUAAGCAGGCGGAAGAAGCAACUGCGACACCAGUUCCUCUACCUCCCCCUGUGCCCAAGAUCCCUCUCGAGUACCGCAGACAGCGUGAGGGUGGCAAAGGUGUCCACGAUGCUCUUCUAACCAGACUACACCUGCGUGCCCAUCAAAGCAUCUAUGCUGACCAACCUAUCGUUGGUUCUGUAUUCCCAGACGCCCAGUACAUGCAGCAAGCGGCCACAAUCAACCUGCCUUCCCAUGUAAACCGCGUGUUCAUUGCGCCCGGUAUCCCUGACGCUCUCAUGGAGCGCCACUUUGCCCUAUGGGUUCUCAUCGACAAACAGCUUCUUAAGCAAGUACCGCACGCCUUCCCUGACCAUACCCAACAGGAUCGCGUGUUUGAAGUUAUGCUACGCCCAGGUGUCAACGUAAUUGAGACACACGUCAUCGCUGCGAUCCCCGCAGAGGAGAGAGUUGAAGGCGGUCCUGAGGCCGAGCUGGAGGUCUUUACCGCCUACGUGAACUUGGCGAAAAACUGA